AUGUGGCGCAUGGGCAAAAUCCAGGAACUGCGUCGUUACUUCGGUCCAUGGGCCAUCGUGGGCUUUGCAUCCAUCCUAGGCUGUGCGUGGGAAUAUGCCUUGAUCACCGUCAUCUGGUCUUUGCCCAACGGAGGACCGGCUGGAGCUGCGUACAUGUUUCUGGCAUGUAUUGUAGGAUUGUUCCUCUCCACCCUGAGCUUGGCAGAAAUGAGCUCCAUGGCUCCAUCCGCGGGAGGACAGUAUCACUGGAUCUCGGAAUUCGCUCCACAGUCCAUCCAGAAGUUGCUGUCCUAUUUGGUAGGAUGGCUGACUGUGCUUGGCUGGCAGGUCGGACUCGCAAGCGUGAGCUAUGCCGCCGCAGUGCAAAUGGAAGGACUUGCUAUCCUCGUCAAUCCGUCCAUCACCUUUCAAGGCUGGCAUGCAACUUUAUUCACCAUCGCCAUUGCACUAGUCGCAGUCCUGUUCAACACGGUGCUCGUGGAGAAGCUACCAGUCUUCGAGUUCAUCAUCCUGAUCCUGCACGUGGCAGCAUACAUUGCUUUUGAAGUAGUACUGCUGGCCAUGGGCCCACAAUCCUCUCGCAAGGAAGUCUUUGACCAGUGGAAUAAUGAGAACGGCUGGCCAAAUCUCUCCACAGCCGUUCUCAUCGGCAUCAUCGCCCCAGUCACCACCCUCACUUCAGCCGACUCCAUCUGUCACCUGGCCGAAGAACUCAAGGAUGCCAGCAAAUGGCUUCCACGCUGUAUGGUCGGCGCCGCAGCUCUCAACUUCAGCAUAUCCUUCCUCAUGCUGCUCACAGUCCUCUUCCGAGCCGGCGACAUCGAGGCUGCCAUCAAUUCCCCAACAGGACAACCAUACAUCGAGAUCCUCCUCAACGCCACCGGAUCCGUGACCGGCACCGCCAUCAUGGUCGCCUACAUCAUCCUCAGCCUAAUGUUCUGCGCCAUCAACAUGGUCACCACAUCAAGCCGACAACUCUACUCCUUCGCACGUGACCGCGGUCUCCCCUUCUCCAGAUUCUUCUCCAAAGUCUCCAGCCGCAACAUGAUUCCCAUGAACGCCGUCUGCGCAACUCUCGUCUUCACCGUCAUCCUCUCAUUGGUGUUGAUCGGCUCCUCCCUAGCCUUCAACAUCAUCGCCUCCCUCGGCGCAGCAGCGAUCUUAGCCUCCUACCUCAUCUCCAUCACCUGCAUCACCUACCGCAAACUCACCCGCUACAAACUCCCCACCACACGCUUCCCGCUGGGAAACCUCGGCCUUCCGAUUAAUCUUCUAGCUCUCUGCUUCCUCAGCUUGGCUUUUGUUUUGGUCUUCUUCCCAGCUGCGCCAAACCCUACGCCUGAGUCUAUGAACUGGGUGUCGUUGAUUUUCGGGUCGGUCAUGCUGCUGGCUUUGCUUAUGUUCGUGGUUAAGAAACGACAUGAGUAUACUGGACCCGUAGUGCAGGUUCGGAGGGAGGAGGAGUGGAAUGAGGUGGAACUUCGUGGGAAGCGGAUGUCGUAG